GGCUGGUCUGAAUAUUUGGCAGGGGGAGAGAUCAGAAGCCUUAAGAAGUCAUAGAAUUUGGUUUCUCUGGAGUACAUAGGGCAAGGCAAGGUAGAAGUUUCAUGUUCCUUUUGAAUUUCAUGGUAGAAAAUAAGCAACAGUAUGUGAAAUGUAUUUGGUUGUUGGGUUUUGGAUUUUUUUGAGGCCAGGAAGUAUGUUUAUGAUGUUUGAUCAUCUUUUUUUUGUUAUUUUAAACUCCUGUAAGCCACUGAAAUCCUGACACAGUGCAUCAAGCUAUCGUAUCGUAACUUCUGUGCAGUUGCAAAUCUUUUAGUUUAUAUAAUGAGGAAAAAAAAAUUUAAGGAGACAUAGAGGUAAAAACAAAAUCAAAACUGUGAAAGAGAGCAUAGAUAAAUAGCAGUGAUCAUUUCUAGGAUUCUGUGAUUUCAAAUAAAAAUGAUGUAUUGUAUAAUGUUGCAAUUGAAGUUUGCCUUGAAUCUGGAGCAAUAAGUAUUUGCUGAUUCGUAGUCUGUUUCUGCUUUGUCUAAGCUAUUUGCCAGAUGUCUGCAGUAGUUAUACUAAUUAAAAUGGCAUUGCCUAGUAGAGCUUGCUCUUCUCUCAUGCUACUAAUGUGAAGAUAUUUCAUUUAAAGGUAUUCAUUUAUUACAACACAGUAAUUUUGGCCCCUCCUUCCCUCCCCUUCCCUCCCCCGCCCCCAAAGAGUUUCCUUUUCUUUCUUGCACCCCACCCUGAUUAUUUUAACUUUUUGGCAGCCAUGUCUAAUAUUUCAGCAACACAUGUCCUGGGUUCUUUAAAUUCACAAAUGUUGCUAAUCUGAAAUGAGAAUUUCAGAUAUUUUUGCAAGCCUAUUUCAGCUGAGCUAAUUUUAUAACAGUGUUGUUGAAUGAAAUGUGCGCAUAAUUUUGUGUCAUGGGUGGAUCAAUCAUAUCUUGAAUAUUGAGAUGAGCUGUGGCAGCCAGAUGAAGUAUCCACCGCAGAGAAUUCUAUUAAAUGCAUAGUCUUAUUUCCCAAAUCCUAAGAUAAUGAAAAAGUUCACCGCAAAUGAAAAGCUGAGAAAUUUUUAUCUAGAUUUGUCAUUCAAACAAUCUCUAAUAUCAAAGUAUUAUAUGUAAUGUAGGCAUUGUUGCUUAGGUAAGUAUAUACUUAGCCUAAAUUUCAGAAGCAAAAGAUCAAGACCACAGAGAAGUUGCAAUUCAGAUUUAUUUCUAGUCAGGGCAAAGAAAUAUAUUCCUGUUCUAGAAUGCUUUUUGACUGUCUCAUAUGCUUGUUUCUGAUAGCACUCUUUAAAUUUUAGACUACAAAAUGUUGCUACAAAUUGUUAAAGUGACACUGAGAAUUUUGUAUUGCUGGUUUGUAGUAAUGUGUUCCUGCAUGUAACAGUAUCUAUAUUUCAAAAUUUAAAGUAUGAUGACAUUAAAGGUAUUGAUUGCUAUUAAAUAGUUAUACAUUUUAGUAGUAACUGUUGCAAAUCAAAACACCUGUCAUGAUAGGCUGUGGAGUCAUAUGGAAGUGAUUCUGGAUAGGAAAUACCUAAAAGGUUAAAAAUGCGAUGCCUGUUAGAGCUGGGUUGUUUGCUGCGUGCAGGGUUGCUGGGUGAGGGGCUGCCACGGCUGCAGUACAUGUUUCGGAUGCUCCCCUGCAGCAGAAAAAUUAUGUAAUGCAGAGCUAAGAGCAAGAAUUUUGAGCAUUGUCAGCUGUUACUCAGGACGUUUUGGUGUUUCCUUUUGGACAGCUGACCUGCUCUCAAGAGGCACUAUAAACAAUCGCCGUAAUACAAAUCAAAGUAGCAAGGGGGAUUCUGUUGCAUAAUCUCCUUUUAUUUUUAAGACUGUUUCCUGGAAAUGCCUUUGAUUGCGUGUCAGUGUGAAAAUUUAAACUGUUUUAUGUAGCUGUCACUGGUGGAUAAUUGCUAACAGGUGGAAGGGGAAAAGGAAAAGGUUACAGCAUUGUGCCCAGUAGGUUGAUGGUGAGGUGUGAUUCAGCCGAGCAGUCCCCUUUUCACACCUCUUGAAGCAUGAAUAUAGGACAUGGAAGGGAGCUAAGAUCAGAAGGAACCAUUUUCGCUGCUUAAGUUUUGUGAGGGGAGUGGCACAGGGCAGAAGUCAUUGCUGUGUUCCUUAAGCAUGCCAAAGAGCAACAGGUUAAAGCUGGCAGCCUGUUAUCUUCGCGGUCUAGGUUUUAGAAAUCCCCAUAACGUAACGCACUUGAAAUAGAUGUCGUCAUCAGCUCCUGCCCUGAGUACUAAGCCUGACCAAAUACAUGUGACAGAAGAUGGUGGAGUAGAGUGCAGCAGCUAUUCAUGUGGAAACGGACAGCAGAGGCGUAGAUCCAUUCAAGAUCUUAGUGUUGCUGGAACAGAGUCCAGUCAGGAGAGUAGAAACAGCAGUAGAUCAUCUAGUCCUAGUGUGAGAAUGAUCACUACCUCGGGACCAACCUCUGAAAAGCCAACUCGUAAUCCAUGGACACCUGAUGAUGCAGAGACCAAUGGGUCAGAUAACUCCAUCCCAAUGGCAUAUCUUACAUUAGAUCAUCAAUUACAGCCUCUAGCACCAUGCCCGAACUCCAAAGAAUCUAUGGCUGUGUUUGAACAGCACUGCAAAAUGGCACAAGAAUAUAUGAAAGUUCAGACAGAAAUUGCAUUGCUGUUGCAGAGGAAACAAGAACUAAUAGCAGAACUGGACCAGGAUGAAAAAGACCAGCAAAAUACGUCCCGUCUGGUACAAGAACAUAAAAAGCUGUUAGAUGAAAACAAAAGUCUCUCAACUUACUACCAGCAAUGCAAAAAACAAUUAGAGGUCAUCAGAAAUCAGCAACAGAAACGGCCAGGCACAUCAUGAUUUCCUGGGACCUUUCAAAUGAAAAAUAUGCACAGAAAAGACUGAUAUUUUUUUAAUUGUUAUUAUUAUCCCUUAUUAUGACAACUCAUGAGUGUUAGCUUCUUGGUGUGAUCUGUAUUUGUCUGCUACACUACCAUCGUUUAAUUUUCUUUUUCCUAUGGUGGACAUCCAGUUCAACAGGUUAAUCGAAUAAGGUGAGAGAACAGUGACUUGAAUUAACCAACAGCACUCAGUUUAAAGCAAGACCAGUGGCUGUAUGCAUGCUCCUUGUGUGAAGGCUAGCCUAACAAGUGUUAAAGUGGCUGCUAAAUUUUAAGAUCUUGUUUUUAGUUUUGGUUAUUACCUCGAUAUGAGCAAAACAAAAACUUCCCUGUCUAAGAAUGUUUUUGUUCCAGUGUCUCAUCUCAGACUAUUAAUAUGACGAUUAUUUUCAGGACUUAAACAUGCAUCAAGGUGCAGAGGUGAUGCUGGCCAGCUAGAGUAAUUCAUGAUGCAUUAAUAAUGCCUUUUACCUUUAGACGUAGUAUAUUUUUUCCACAUGCAAAAUGGUAGGCAAACUGAUGCCAGCAUCCUUGGUUCAGUGCUUGAUAAGCCCUGCAUUUUGACUAAUAUAUUUCUUGUAAUCUUGCUUUCAUAAAAUAUUUGAAGUAAAAGUCUGUAUUUUCUUUACUUUCUUGGGGGGAAUGACAUGCAGUUUCUUUCAGUUACUGGGCAAAAGUUAGGAAGAAGAUUUACUGGGCACAGUUGUUCGCUUCUGUAAAAGAGAGGGAGAAUCAAAAUUGUGUGAAAGUGUGUUUAAGACCUUUAAAACUUUUAUCCCUACAGCAUCUUUGGAAGAAAAUUCAGAAAUCGAAUUAAUACAAAACUUUAAAUACUUGCUCCCUCCCUUUAUACCACCUCUUGGGUUUUGGUUAUUUUGGAGUUUUUUCUUAAACCUUAUUUGCUGAAAAGCACUUACCAUAAAUGUAAAUAAGUUUUGUUUAGCUAGGGAGGAGAAGGGUUUGGGGAAAUGAAUUUAUUUUAAAUCAAAUUAUGGAGUUGAGUAUGCAAAUAGCGGAAGCUAUUAAGAGAAUGAGGGAAAUGGCUUAGAUCUCCAUCAGGAAUCUCAGUUAUUCCACUCAUUUGAACAUAGUUCAGAGGAAGUACAUCACAGAAUGCCUGCUGUCUUCAUGACUGAAGAAUUGCUUUUAAUGAGCUCAAGCAGAAUGUGUAAUGAUCAGUGUCAUUAUUUACUGUUAUUACAUGGGAGAAAAUAACUACUUGUUUACAUUGCAGGUUGGUUAUUUGGAUUAUGAAUUAACUUUUAACUGGUGCAAAAAUGAGGCAUUUCUAAAUAUAAUGAGAAAUUAUUCCUUACAUAAGCUCUUGGUGUGCUCAGUUGUGGGCAGGGUUUUACUAACAAACAGUCUUACAAAAGGAAAACAGAAAAUUGCCGUUUAGCUGCUGAGCUCUUGAAAUACAAGAGAAGCAAUCUGAAAUUGGACUUACUACAAAUGAAUAAUUACUCACAAAAGCCCAUGAGCAGAACUUGGAAAAAUAUUAAGGGUAAAAACAUCACAGGAUUUUUCUCUUCCCCUUCCUACCUACCAGACAAAAAACAUCAAUACUAUUUUGCUUAUCUGUGGACAAGAAAGAUGACGAACAGUUUACUGAACGGUGUCAUCCUGUCUUGAAAAUAAAUCUGUCACUGGCAAACCCUUGGGAGUCAGAAACCCUUCCCUCAUUUUAUUUAAAUAAAGGAAGGGUUAUCAUUCCCAAAUCCUUAGCAGAUAAUUUGAUUAGUUAGCUGAAAUUGAUAUUGGGAUCAACUUAAGGGCACACAUAUUUAUAGCAAAAUGUAAUUGGCAGAGAAAAUAACUGUAGUAUUAGGAAUAGCACAAGUUAUCCAGAGCAUUGCUGUUCACAUACAUCUGUCCUUCUACCAAAAUGGACACACGCAGUGAUCAGCAGCUUACUUAACACACGCUGAAGCAUGAAGUAGGGCAGCAUAAAUACUGAUGCUCAACUUCACAUGCAUGGUAGAUAAUUACAUACACAAAAUCAUUUCCCAGGACAGUUUUUGCAGUUUGCUCUGUCGUAAAACAUAGACACUGUUUUCAGGUAAAUCAGUAUUGUAUAUGAAGAAUCAGUUUAUGGCAAAGUUAGAGUAAUGACAGCAAUGCUAACUUGAUGGUACAUAAUACAGAAGUCUUUUCUAACAGUUGCUUAUGACUUGCUAGGGUUUACAUUGAAAAGGGUCUCAGAUUGUAAAAUAAGUACUGUGCUGCCAUGCGCUGUUGAACUCUGCUCCAGUCGGUAGUUGGGUUAUAUUGCUCUUGUUCCAAUUUUCAAAGGGAAUUUGGAGUUUGGCCUUUUGCCUCCAAAUUGUCUCUUUCUUAAUUCUAUCAAAAGUUGAAAAAUUAUUUGCCCAAGUUUCUCAGUGAUGUGUUCUGUGUGGCAAAGUCUCUGUAUCAUUAGCAAAAAAAAUCCUCUAAGGGUAGAAUAUAGUGGUUUGGGCUAAGAAGAGUUUUAACAGCUUGACUUUCAGUGACCUUUAGUAUUUUCAUAAGGCUCUUGUUUUAAAGUUGUUUACAAAUGUACUUUUUUUGUGUGUGUGUUAAACUAGCUGGAGUUUUCAGGAUUUUUUUUGUGGUUUUGUUGUUUUUUUGUUUUUUUCUUUUUUUUUUUUUUUUUUUGUCCAGUUAAAGCUGCUCCUCUAAUAAUGGAGGUGAAACACCUAGUUUUGCCUGGGCACUGCCUUCUCAGAAAAGAUGACAGGCUCUGCUUUUUGUUACAGUAUGUGUUCUGUAAGAUAUUGUGUAAUUGAAAGUAUGCUUCUGUACACUGUGCAGUUCUGCCAAAAUGCUCUUUUUAGGGUUUGGGGUUUUUUUUUCUGAUAAGUUGAAGAUUGUAAUUCAAAACUUGUACAUAAAAUGGUGAAUGAUUUCAUAUGA